AUGUCACACUGGGUAGAUCGGGAACGACCACCUACUCCGCCUAUUCAUUACCGCGAUGAUGCUCUCCAAGAUCAACGCCAAUUGGAUGCCUCAUUAUCAAUACGAGGCCCCCCAGGUUAUGCUCAGCUACCAGAAACCCAGGCGGACUACACGUCUCCUUAUGGCACAUACACACCAGCACAUGAACACCUCCCGGGGCAACCCAACUUCCAAAGUGCCCCGUCACGCCGAAAUACUAUUCAACCUCCUCGUCUAUACCUACCCAUUAACCUCUUACGUUCAUCGCCCCGGCAGCAGACUACUCGCCCGGGCCCGACUCUCAUAACACCCUCUAUCCAGCAAUGGCCAACCCACAACCUCAAGGUCGAUGCGGAAGCUAAGAAGAAGCAAGAAGCAUACAAACGGAAAAGCGAGGCGGUCAGAAGGAAGACGAUAUCAUCGCAAAGCUCAGCGCCACAAUAUACCCCAAUGCCUGAACCUGCAUCUACACCUCGUCGUAAACGCAAGGCUAGGAUUCUCGAUGACCUAGUCAUGUCUACCCCGCCUCCGCCUCUCCGACGUCUGCAUCUAGCGUAUUUCCAGCAGCAGCAGCAAAGCGCCACACGCGGCGUAUUGAUGAACUAUGACCUGGCCCUUCAACAGUCACCAUUCUACGGCAUGAACUGGACCGGUCAAGAGCAGUAUCAUACACCACCCCCAUCCUCCUAUUAUCCGCAGUAUGAGGGCAUACCUGACACACGGCUCGCUCUGAACCCGCCUCAGCAUCCAACACAUACACCCGCACCACAUCCACCGUCACCUCCCAAGGUCAUCGACCCUAAGACCAUACCUCAGCACAUGACCAACAACUACGAUGAGUACAGGUGGCCAGUCAAGCUCUACGAGCUAAAAGCCCAAAAUGGCUACAACUUUGCUCAGUGUUUCUUGGAAACCCACUUCGAGCGGAACAUCUACGAUUCGGAGGAGCAUAAGUGGCACACUCACACAACCAAAGGCUUCAUCAAGGAGGGCAAUAGACUGUCUAUCUUGGUCCUGCAUAACGCAGCGAACCCGUUCGAGUGGGAUGUGCCGCCGGUAUCUACCACCAGUAUUGGUGUAUAUGGAUUUUAUGCUCACGAGCACAAUGAAAUCCAUUGGACGACCAUUGCGCCGAGUAUCCCAGAGUGGUUCAGCUCGUGUUUGGAUCAGGGCUUACUCACUGUCAAGCAGAAGUGGCAUCCCGACAUGAAAGCCUCGGACAAACGAUUCCAUCGCGCAUACUGGCUCGCUGCUAACAUGUUCCCGCUCAAGAGCCUACUGAACAGUAGUCCGAUGCCUGAGAAGCUAUUUGAUUCACUUGAAGACUGUGAAGGCGAUGGAUUCACGAUUGUAGAGAAGGACCUACAGCAAAAGUGGAUUGGAGAGACGGUAUCAGUGGAGGAGUCGGAAAAGACCUGGCGGAAGCUUGUCCAACAGGUGGAUGAAUUGAACUUUGGUUCGUUUGAUCCUGAGCAUUUUGCUACUGGUGGAUCGGAGAGGGCAUUCAUGGUUGACUGA